CUAUCUUUAUUCCUGUAGAGCUGGAGAGAGAAAGAGAGAGAGAGAGAGAGAGAGAGAGAGAGACUGCGUGCAUCUUUAUGGAUUUAACCAGACAGCAGCUCUCAGGCUUUCCUGCCAAUCUGCCAAUGCGUAUUCCAUCCGCUCCACUACACGGCACACUGUUGCUGAGUGAUCGAUAGGUAAGAAGGCAGGAACUCAACCCUAUGAUUCGCUCGCGCCGGCGACGCGCUGCCGCCCGGUCUCUCGUGCUGCUCCGACUCGUGCAAGCAUGCACGAGCUGCGGUAGACUGGAGAUGAUCUCCGUAUGGCUGCUCGUUUUGAAGCUGCUGAGAGCUACAGCUGGUGUGAAAAGACCAAAUGGGAAUGAAUUAAAUGAAGGUAGGAGGGACUCUUUAAACCAGCAACAAAAAGAGCAAGAAAAUCUCCCCGAGGCCGUCUCCAUGGAGACCAGCCAGCUUUCUGAAAUAGCUGAUGUGAAAGACUGUAAAAUGGAUCUUGGGGAAAAAGAAGAGAACAAACACCACCACGGUGUGGAUGAUAAAGAAUGCUUUGAUGAACGCCUGGAUACAGAAAAGGGCAACUCCCCACUCGCAACUCAGCACAAAAGCAAUGACACAGCCAUUGAAUGUGAGGGUACAGAGGAAAGUGACGUAAGGGCAAAUCUACAAGAGGACAUGAUGAUAAAAGAGACAGAGGAAGAAGAGGCAGAUCUCAAAGAAGCUGUGCUAUCUCCAGAGCCUGACCCAGAUCCUCAUGCACAAGGCCAGCUAGUGGAAAAAGAAAACAACACCACGAUCUCUUCUGAAACUAAAGAGACAGAAUCCCAAGAACCACUGGAAGCUCAGACAGAUCCAGAAUCUGUGCUAGAACAACAAAUCAAGGAGCUGGCUGUUUCUGAUGCCUCUACCGAAUCCUGCCAUGAUAAUGAUAGAGAUGACCUGAGCGACUGCCUGCAUGUGGAGAUGGCUAUUGUGUCAUCGGACAGUGAUGCUGAGGAACAGUGGAAGACCAUGUUUUCUCCUGUGGUCGAUGAAGAUGAGUUUGGUGGCAUUUUGGAAUCCGAUGCGCUUGACAUCAACGAAGAGACAAACGACCAAAACCACGGAAUAGAAGAUGAAAUUAACAUCCAGUCCGAGACUAAACCUGAACCCGAUGAAGAGGAAGAUCCAGCAGCCCUGACAGAAAGUGUUGAAACUCUCGAGCAGGCAACAGCCGAAAGUUCCACUGAAUGUGAGCUGGAAGACAUUUCCUAUAAAGACUCCAUACACUACAGCAGUUUAUCCAAGAUCUCAGAGAACGAGGUGGAUCCAAGCCAAAAUGUGAAGCACAGCCUGCAGCGCUUGUCCGCCUCGACAUCCGAGCUUGACAAGAAGUUGCCUCAAGACUAUUGUGUGAUUCAGGAGAUGCAGAGCGAGAACGUCAGCACAGAGCAUGUGGAUUUCAGGCAGGCUCGUGAGCAGUGGCAGAAAAUGGAAGAACAAUGCAAGGCCCAGGUACAACAGAGUGCUGUAAAGCAGGGUGGACAUAGCAUCAUGUAUACACCCAUCCGCAACUUGGAGAGACCCAAGAGAGAUCCGGAAUCUGACAAUUUAAGUCUUGGCGACUACCAGUAUACACAGUUUAGCCCGUGUUCGGAUGAUUCGGGUCUGGAUGAUACAAGCUACCGGUCGCAUUACGAUGAACCAGAGACUCCAGUCGAAAGGGAAAUCCGUGAGACUAUGGAGCGAGAGGAAUGUUUCAAACGCGAGAGAGCCAUGUCAAGACCAGCUUCUAGUGAACCUGUGCAGAAUAAUCCCAGACCAACAACUCUGAUGAUGGCGAAGUCAGAUCUGGAGGAGAAAAGGAAGGUGUAUAACACACGUGAGGACAGGUGCAGGUCACAGAGACCUUCGAGCACCACACCGCCAACGUUCUCUAUUACUGCUUCACCAUCAUCAAAACCCAGCUAUCACGAAAUGAUGGCCAACAACGUCAUCAUCCUCGAUCCGGAUUCGCAUUCCACAAACCAGCGGCAAAGGGGGAAAAAUCUGCUUUCUCCAGUGACAAACAGGUUCCACGAGUGGCCCUCUCACUCAAGCAACAUCAUCAUCCUGGAAACGUCUAAUCUCAUUAUCCGGAGUGCUUCCGAAUUCUGCCUGAGCACUGCGUGCCAGGAGACGCAAGAGAGCACAUUCCACAACAACCCCUUCUUCAAACUACGGUCACACAGCACGCUGUCUCUGGUGGACCAGGAGAUCAAAGAGGUGAAGCAGAGGGAUGAAGAAUUCAGGAGGCAGAGGGCAGAGUUGUAUGCCAAAGAGAAGUAUGAUACGAUUCUGGUGUCUCCCAGCUCACUGCAGAAUUUCACCUACGAUAAGCCAGGAGGUUUGCCAGCGAAAUGUAAGUCCUCACCUUCCUCCCCUUUAAAGGCACGGAAAAUGGACCGUUCCACUUUAUCCUGCGAUCAGAAGUUCCCUGAAGCACCGUAUACCAGAGUCCGGAGGAAAAGUGCCCUCAUUCAGAGAUGGGAAGCAGCCAUGUUGGCCAAUCAGCAACAGCACGUAUAAACAACACGACACUGCCAAUCAACAACCCAUAUUCAAUCUGUCUGCUUACAUGAGUUAAAGAUUUAACAAUGAGAUAGAGCUUUAAGUGAUUGCUCUAAUUAUACAUUUAUUUCACAUUUGACAAUAGCUGCAUUUCAGAGUCCUUUAUCUGUUUAGUCCACCUCCGAGUAAUAAUAAAGUAAUAAUUUUUUGGAAAAGCACUUUUUCUUUUAACCCAGAUUAUACAUGUGCUGCUUAAUAUUGAAUUGAACUGAUGUGCUCAUUAUGCCAACUGGUUUUCAAUGGGAUGAUGGUGCAGUGAAAUGGAUGUACUGUUUUCAAAAUAUCUAAGAUAUUUUCCUACUCUAUUUUCUCCUCGGUAGAUGUGUAAAUAUGGCAUGAAACACAAUUUAUAGCAUUGUUUAUCAGACACUUUAUGCUGAAAUGGCCACAUAAAGGGAACGAAAAGGGAAACUAAUAAGCAACAGAUUUUUAUGGUUCCAAUUUUAGCUCUUCCUUGAAUAAGAAGUUUUCAUUUUUUUUUAAUGAAUAAAUAAUAAUGUGAAUCUGUAGGAUUUUGAUUUGCACAUAGCCUAGUUAUUGGCACAAUUAUUUUACAUUUUAAAGCUUGAGUGGUAUUUAAUUUCAACAUAGAUGUACAAGCACAAGCACAUGAACUUAACACAUGGAAGAAAACACAGGCUGUCUAACAAACUCUCAGUGCAAGCUCUGGUAGUGACUUUCAACUUCGUCUCAGUGUUGAUUCAUUAGAUAUUAUUAAUAAUUGCAUUUUUGCUUUUAUUUUGCUUCGUGACUAUUUUUGCACACUGAUGCUCUCAGCAGUCAUUCUUGCUUGAUAAAUAAUACAUUAAUUAUUCUUGUGGGGAAACUAUUACAGGGUCAGCAUAUAGUAUAUGAAUGUGUUCAUUACUGGUUGUUAUGGCUUGUUGCAUUACUGCAUUGCUUUAUUAUUUUCCCUCACUCUAUUAUGUUUUCAACUUACCUAUUGAUUUGUCCUUGAAAUAAAGAAAUAUAACCUGCUAAAACAGA